AUGGGGAUGUUGAAACAUUUCCAGUACUUAACGUUGCUUGCUGGUUUUGCUCUCACCAUUUUUGUUCGUGCCCAGGAUCAAACGGGCUUCAUUAGCUUAGAUUGCGGGCUACCACAGAACUCUAGCAACAAUGGACGGACGACUGAUAUAUAUUACAUCUCCGAUGCCACCUUUAUAGACGCCGGCAUAAGCAACACCAUAUCGCCUGAGUUCAGAAACAACGCUAAGCAGCAUCUAUGGCAUGUCAGAAGCUUUCCUCAAGGGCUCAGAAACUGUUACCACAUUACUAUUACAAGAGGCGUUCGAUAUCUGAUCCGGGGGACUUUCAUGUACGGGAACUAUGACGCCGGAGACAAAUUGCCGGAGUUCGACCUGCAUCUCGGACCGAACAUGUGGGAUUCUGUGAAACUGAGUGGCGCGUCCGCUGUCAUCUACAAAGAGAUCAUCCACGUCCCGUCGUCCAAUUACAUCCAUGUUUGCCUUGUCAACACCGGCUCUGGAACGCCGUUUAUCUCCACGUUAGAAUUGAGGCCUUUGGGAAGUGACACUUACGUGUCUCAAUCCGGAUCGUUGGCGCUCACUGCACGCCUAGAUACUGGCACAGUAACGUACAAAACGUUCAGGUACAAGUACGACAUUUUUGAUCGCAUAUGGAGGCCUAAUAGAGUUAAUAGGGAGUGGAGAACGUUGAGUACCAAGCUCACCGUGAAGUCCAAUCAGAAUGGUUAUGAACCACCGUCCGCUGUGAUGAAUACUGCUGCGACUCCGGCGGAUGCAAAUUCUUCGUUGGAUUUCUACCUCGCUGUCCCUCCCGAUGGAUAUUAUGUGUACAUGCACUUUGCUGAAGUUGAAGGGCUGCUUGUUCACCAAUACAGGGCAUUCAACAUCUAUCUAAACGGGGAGUUUUGGUAUGGACCGGUUGUUCCUUUGUACCUGUACACAUCUUAUGUAUACUCCCCAUCUCCAAUCACAGCGGGUAAAAACCAGUUUUCACUCAGAAAAACUAAAAAUUCAACUCUUCCACCCAUCAUCAAUGCCAUCGAGGUUUAUGAAGUGAAACAACUCCCACAAUCUGAGACUGACCAAGGAGAUGUUAACGCCAUUAUCAACAUCAAGUUAAUGUAUGGAGUGACAAGAAACUGGCAAGGAGAUCCAUGUUCUCCUAAAGUUUACAUGUGGGAUGGUUUGCAGUGUAACUAUGAAGAUUAUAAUUCCCCUCGAAUUAUUUCCUUGGAUUUGUCCUCAAGUGGAUUAAGGGGGGAUAUUGCUCCUUAUAUAUCCAAUCUCACAAUGAUACAAUCUUUGGAUCUAUCAAACAAUAGCUUAACUGGACCAGUGCCAAAUUUUCUAUCAAAAUUGCCAUUAUUGAGGGUUUUAAAUCUGGAAAAAAACAAGCUUAUAGGUACAAUUCCAGUUCAACUCAAUGAAAAAUCAAUUGAUGGCUCACUAUCACUAAGUGUGGGGGAAAAUCCAAAUAUAUGUCCAUCGAGUUCAUGCAAAAAGAAGAUUGUUAUUCGAACAGCAUCACUCGCUGGACUGUUCAUCCUCUUAUUCACUGUCGCGGCUAUAUUUUGGAGCCUCAAGAAGAGAAAAGAACAAGUGGAUACAGGAUCCAAGGUUCAAGGAAGGCCAUUGGAGUCCAACAAACGACAAUUUAGCUAUGCUGAUAUCUUAAAGAUCACUAAUAAUUUUGAGAGGCUACUUGGCAAAGGUGGAUUUGGAAAAGUUCACCAUGGCUUCAUAGAUGACACUCAAGUAGCUGUUAAGAUGCUUUCUCAAUUAUCUGUUAAAGGGUAUCAGCAAUUUCAAGCGGAGGUUAACCUUCUUAUGAGAGUUCAUCAUAAAAACUUGACUGCCCUUGUUGGGUAUUGCCACGAUGAGACCAACAUAGGACUCGUCUAUGAGUACAUGCCAAAUGGAAACUUACGACAACAUCUUUCAGGUGACAACCAAAAUGUAUUGAGCUGGGAAGAUGGACUUCGAAUAGCAAUGGAAGCAGCACAAGGUUUGGAUUAUCUGCACAAUGGGUGUAAGCCACCCAUAAUCCACAGAGAUGUGAAGUCUACGAAUAUUUUGUUGAAUGAAAACUUUCAAGCUAAGCUUUCUGACUUUGGUCUGUCCAAAAUAUUUCCCAAUAGUGAAGCCACUCAUCUCUCCACAAAGAUUGUGGGCACUCCUGGGUACCUUGAUCCUGAGUACUCCCUAUCAAAUAGGUUAACAGUGAAAAGUGAUGUUUAUAGCUUUGGAGUAGUGCUCUUGGAGGUAAUCACACGUCGCCCUAUCAUAACGAGAACCAAUGAGAGGGCUCACGUAAGUCAAUGGGUGAGUUACAUGCUUGCUAAAGGGGAUAUAAAAAAUAUUGUUGAUAAAAGGUUGCAUGGAAAUUUCAACAUCAACUCUGCUCGGAAAGCUAUUGAAAUAGCAAUGGCUUGUGUGUCUCCGACUUCUACUACAAGACCAGCUAUGAGUAUGGUAAUGGCCAAGCUAAAGGAGUGUUUGGCAACUGAAUUGGCUCGCAAGAAAGAGGGCCAUGAGCAAUGACCUAAUACAAUUGAAAUGAUCAACAUGAAUCAAACAACUAAACUCAACCCUUUAGGGCAAGUUUGA